UGCACAUCACAAUCAUGGUAUUCCAUUAACCUUUGUAUCACUGAAACAGUUGCAGUCCAUUGCAUUAGGAGAAGUACAAUUUUUCCUUAGCAAAGAUUUUAUUUAUUUGAUAAAAAUGACAGAUUAUUCAUAAAACAAUCAAGCUGAUUAUAUCCAAACAUCAUCCUCGUUGUCUAUCAGUCAGUGGGUGAUGCAUUGAUAAUGUUUAGGAGGAUUCAAACAGGGAAGAGAUACUCAACUUUCUAAGAAAAUAAAGAUAUUUUCAGAUCACCCAGUGCAUUUUUGUGGUUACAUUUUUACUGGAUAGUCAGACGUUUUCUACUUCAGUACUUGGAAUGAGACAGGAAUGGUUUUAUGUAUAGUCAGUCACACUAUAAGUGGUACAAAUGGAAGAAAAUUGAUUUUCCUGAACAAGUGGUAGUAGAUAGUUAAUCAACGUUACGACGAAGGAGCAGAAAUCAGCAGAGGAACAUAAGAGGCGUUUUUGGGUAGUCAGGCGUUGCUUCUCUUCAGCCAAUCAGAGUCUUCCUCUCUGUGAUCAGCAGAGUUCAUAAUGAGAUUCAUUUUGUUUAGUGCAGCACUGUGGAUACAAUGACGCCCCUAGUCAUCGUCUGGUGUCUGACUUUUCUCUUUUUGGGGAGUUCAGGUCAGAACAAAUUAUUACGUCAGGAACGGACUUUUCACUCAACAGAAGUGGGCAGCAACGUUACUCUUCCGUGUUUCUAUUAUCGGAAAAAUGCGGUGAUGAUUUACUGGUUUAAACAAACCGUGGGCCAGAAACCGAACAUGUUCUCCCGUCUUUAUAAAAUGGACGAACAAGGCAGCUUUCACGAUGAGUUCAAGGACAAUCCUCGCUUUGAACUAGAAGCGGGAAACGGUAAAAAUCACCUCCGAAUCUCUGAUUUGCAACCUUCAGACUCUGCUACUUACUUCUGCGUCGCUAUCGAUUCAAACACAUUCGAGUUCGGAGACGGAGCUACAGUCAACGUGGAAGGUCCUGGUUCAAACGUUCACACUUUGGUCCAUCAGCCAGAAGGGUUUGUGACUCUGGACUGUUCAGUAGACACUGGAAGCUGUGACGGAGAGAACAGUUUUUACUGGUUCAAAGAGGCAAAAGAAUCUCAACCGGGACUCAUUUACACUCAUGGAGGCAGAAACGGUGGAUGCGGUAGGACGAUGACGCCAGCAACACACACCUGUGACUACAUUGUGCCACUGAUGAACCUUGAUGUGUCCGAUGGCAGGGUUGCCAGCUGCGCCGUAGCCUCAUGUGGAUCUUUACUGUUUGAAGAUGGAGAAAACAUGGAGUCAGCAGAUGAGCUGAACUCCCCUGAGCUUGUACAUUUUCUAAGCGGAGCUCUGACAGUCACCGUCAUAUUGAGUGCUGCGAUGGCUUUCUCCAUAUGCAGGAUGAAGAAAAAAAUCCAACAUCAUCGUGCAGCAAACUCAGAUGCAGAACCAGCAGAAAGCCACACAGCUGAUUCAGAGGGUAACGAAGAUGAAGAGAGCCUCCAAUAUUCCACUCUAAGGCAACCCAGGUCAAACGGAUCAAGACGACAGAGAGACGAUACAAGGAAUCAGUGUGUGUACACGAGUGUAAAACAAGCCAAAUCCACCCUUCAACAACAAUCUGUUGCAGCAAUGCCAGAUAAUAUAUUAGAUAAUGUUUUUUGAAUGUGACGUGAAAGAAAUGUAAAAAAUAAUAAUGGGGUUCUGUACAUUUUUAUGAAUUUCCAAGAGCUGAUAUGUUUCUGUGGUUUCGCCGGUUAAGUCCGUAGAGCUGAAACAAUGAACUAAAGAAAUUUUACAACGACUAAGGGCAACAAGAACAAGACAGGAUGAGAUUUUUUUGUACCAAUAUGGUAAAUUUCAAAACUCAACAAUGUAGCUUAUAGAAUCUGCAAUCAGAGUAAUAUAAUUCACUGCAGGUUUGACCAAUGGGGAUUUUCCAAAGAAGUCUUGUUUCUGAAAUAAACAUCGAAAAUGUUUUGAGUUUUCACAAAUAGAAUAAAGGUUUCAUUAACUCUC